GCCAUGCUGCUGUGGGCCCCACCAGCGCUGCUCGCCCUGCUUCUGCCCGUGCUCCUGACUCAGGGAGAAGCCAGGCGCAGGGGGGGCCUCCCGGCCCAGAACACCUCCGGGCCUGCUCUGCGGCGGCUGUCGGACCACCUCCUGACCAACUACAAGAAGGGCGUGCGGCCUGUGCGAGACUGGAGGAGGCCAACCACCGUGUCCAUCGACGUCAUUGUCUAUGCCAUCCUCAACGUGGACGAGAAGAACCAGGUCCUGACCACCUACAUCUGGUACCGGCAGUACUGGACUGACGAGUUUCUCCAGUGGAACCCCGAGGACUUCGACAACAUCACCAAGCUGUCCAUCCCCACGGACAGCAUUUGGGUCCCGGACAUUCUCAUCAACGAGUUCGUGGACGUGGGGAAGUCUCCAGAUAUCCCGUACGUGUAUGUCGCACAUCAAGGCGAGGUCCAGAACUACAAGCCCCUCCAGGUGGUGACUGCCUGCAGCCUCGACAUCUACAACUUCCCCUUUGAUGUGCAGAACUGCUCGCUGACCUUCACCAGCUGGCUGCACACCAUCCAGGACAUCAACAUCUCCCUUUGGCGCCCGCCAGAAAAGGUGAAGUUCGACAAGAGCGUCUUCAUGAACCAGGGCGAGUGGGAGCUUCUGGGGGUGCUGACCCAGUUUCGGGAGUUCAGCAUGGAAAGCAGCAGCAGUUAUGCAGAAAUGAAGUUCUACGUGGUCAUCCGCCGGCGGCCCCUAUUCUAUGCGGUCAGCCUGCUGCUGCCCAGUAUCUUCCUCAUGGUCAUGGACAUUGUGGGCUUUUACCUGCCCCCAGAGAGUGGUGAGAGGGUCUCCUUCAAGAUCACACUCCUUCUGGGCUACUCUGUCUUCCUGAUCAUUGUGUCCGACACGCUGCCCGCCACCGCCAUCGGCACUCCCCUCAUUGGUGUCUACUUUGUCGUGUGCAUGGCUCUGCUGGUCAUCAGCUUGGCUGAGACGAUCCUCAUCGUGCGGCUGGUCCACAAGCAAGACCUGCAGCAGCCGGUGCCUGCCUGGCUGCGGCGCCUGGUUCUCGAGCGAAUCGCCCUGCUGCUUUGCCUGGGGGAGCAGCCAACCUCCCAUCGGUGCCCAGCUGCCUCCCAAACCAGCAAGACUGAUGACUGCUCAG